AUGCGAGGUAUAAGAGCCGCCAAAUUACGGCGUUUAGAUGAGCUGACCGCCACCACCAGCCAGCCCAACAUCAGUAAAUUUCCCGUGUCCGAAAAGUCGCAGUUCGCCUUCCUGGCUAAAAUCAGAACGGUGUUACUGGUAGACGACACCCUGUCCAUGAUCGGUGACAAAUGGAAGAAUCCUGGGAAGCUAAAGCUGCCAUCGUACCAAUUUACACAGAAUGUAACAAGAAGGGAAUCGACAUCCAGCUUCUCAGCUACUCUCCCCACUACAGAGAAACAUAUUGCGGAGACUAGACCGCAAACAGAAACUGAGCCGCGAAUCUGGGAGUAUCUAUGGGGAGCGCUCGAGGACAUACUGGAUCCAUAUAUGCUGAGGGUGAGAAUGAUGCAUGGCCAGGGGGAAGCACAUGACCCCAACAAAAUCAGGCCAAUCAAUAUUAUCAUCAUCACUGAUGGGUUAACUACGUGUCAAGUAGACAAGCUUAUCCUCAAGACAGCUAAGACACUAGACAAGUGUUGUGCUGUUGCGUGGCAAGUUGGAAUUCGGUUUUUACAAGUUAGAAAUGAACUCAAGGGGACUCUUCUUUUGAAACAAUCAGACGAUACUUUGUGUACACGGUAUAAAGUGAGGGAUAAUGUUGAGCCUACUCUUGGAAGACGAAUUGGAGGAUGGGAUUUUGAAGAUACUUCUUGGGGCUGUUAA